AUGUUUGAAGGGCCUACUGCUCUCCGUCAUCGAUCCUCGCCCACACCUGCGUGCUAUGGUUACAAUGAUCCUACUACCAGGAAAGUUGAAAACUGCGAAGGCCUCAUAGGGGUUUAUAAUGAUACAACGGGUGAGAAGGUAUCACAGGCCGUGAUUUUGUACUCAAAUUGUGACACCUGUACCAUGUUCUUUAAUAUAGAGCAACAAGAAUGCCAGCUGUGGACGUACGAAAACCCUACGAAUGAUGUUAUCCAAGAGUGCCUUGGUACUUACAAGACGUUAUGCGAAGGAGAAAUAUACGAGGUCUACAACGAAAUAUGCCUGACGUAA